AUGGGCUUCCCUUUCAAGACUGUCCUCCUCGUUGGCGCCACCUCUGGCAUCGGCGCCGGCCUCGCCGACAGGCUCAUCCAAGAGGGCUCCAGAGUCAUCGCCGUUGGCCGUCGCCAGGAUCGCCUCGACGCCUUCGUACAGAAGCACGGCGCCGAAAAGGCCGCCGGCAUCCAAUAUGACGUGACCGACAGAAACGGCCUCGACGCCUUUGUCCAGCGAGUUGUCAGAGAAUACCCAGAUCUCGACUGUGUUUUGCUCAACUCGGGCAUGCAGCGCAUGAUUCGCCUCGCAAGCCCCGCCGACGUCGACAUCGACGCGUUCCACCACGAGGUCAACACCAACUUCACCUCUGUCGUUAACCUAGCCUUGAAGUUUAGCGCCGCGCUGCUCGAGAAGCCGACGUCGACUGCACUCAUUGUCACGGGCACCCAUCUAUCCACUGUGCCGUCGGUGGCUAUGCCCGCCUAUUCCUGCUCCAAGGCUGCGCUCCAUGCCUUCAUGGACUGCCUGCGCCGUCAGAACCAGGGAAAGAGCUGCAAGUUUAUCGAAAUUAAUGCCCCAGCUGUUCAGACCGAGCUCCACGACUACAUGGGCGAACGCGGUCGCUCCUUUGGCAUGCCGCUGGCCGACUUUAUUGACCAAGUCUACCCACAGCUGGAGAGAUCCGAGGAGCAUACCUCUGUUGGCGUCCCGCUAGGUAUCUCUGAGCAAGACUACGAGAGCUUUGUCGGGACAAGACAAAGAAUGUUUGACCAGCUCUCGGAGGUCGUCAUGGCACACAUGCAGCUUUAA